GAAAGACAAGACCUCAAUACUGCAACUCGCGCUUCAAAAUCCCUCCUCCGCUUCACAGUUUCAACCAUCUCUCCCACAAUGGCAAGCAAGCUCAAAGUAGAAGAGCUCCGAAACGAAUUGGCUCAGCGUGGUCUCCCCACCACCGGAGCGAAGCCCAUCCUGGUUCGGAGGCUCGAUUCUGCUCUUCGCGAGGAGAAGAAGCAACUCACAGGCGCAAGUGAUGGUUCAGCAGCAGAAGCUUCACUGGUUAGUGGAAAGAGGAAAAGGAAGUUAAUUGAAGAGGAGGGAGGUGGGGAGUCAACUGUGUCCGAGAAAAUGAAGGCCACCGAAAAGUUUAGUGGCAUGAGCGUGAAGCAAUUGCGCGAAGAAGCCGCUCUUCGUGGAGUUUCGACAUCUGGGUCGAAAAAAGACUUGCUGGAGAGGCUUUCUGAACAUUCUGAUGACAUUCCUCUAGGUAAAGCUAAUGAGGAAGGAAAUGGUAGCAAGGAGAAGAUAGUAACCGCAACCAAAAAGGGUGCGGCGGUACUGGAUCAGUGGCUACCGGAUGACAUAAAGGCACAUUAUCAUGUUUUGCAACUGGGGGAUGAUAUAUACGAUGCCAUGUUAAACCAGACCAAUGUUGGUCAUAACAACAACAAGUUCUAUCUGAUUCAAGUUCUUGAAUCUGAUGUUGGUGGAAGUUUCAUGAUUUACUAUAGAUGGGGGAGAGUAGGUGUUAAGGGUCAGAACAAGCUAGCUUCUCACGCAUCCCUCGAGAGUGUGAUCAAUGAGUUUAAACAGAAAUUCUAUGACAAAACCAGGAAUGAUUGGUCCAAUCGAAAAAUGUUCCAGCCUAUCCCAUCCUGCUAUAUGUGGAUAGAAAUGGAUUACAAUGAAAAGGAAGCUGUCGAAGAAAAGAAUGGCUCUGCUUUAGGACGUCAACCUUUGGAAACACAACUUGAGCCCUGCAUUGCAAAGUUUAUAUCUCUUAUUUGCAACAUCGGCAUGAUGAAGCAGCAUAUGAUGGAAAUAGGAUACAACGCUGAUAAGUUGCCUCUGGGUAAGCUUAGCAAAUCAACAAUUCUAAAGGGCUAUAACAUCCUGCAGAGGAUUUCUGAUGUGAUUGGCUCAUCUAACAGGAAAUUAAUCGAACAAUUAAGCGGAGAGUUCUACACUGUCAUUCCUCAUGACUUCGGGUUUAAAAAAAUGCAUAACUUUGUGAUUGAUACUCCUCAGAAGUUGAAACACAAGCUAGAAAUGGUUGAAGCACUAGGUGAAAUUGAGGUUGCAACGAAAUUGUUGAAGGAUGACACAGGAAUGCAGGGAGAUCCCUUGUAUUCCAGUUAUCGACGCCUUCAUUGUGACAUGACACCGGUUGGUGCUGAUUCUCAUGAAUUUGAUAUGAUUACAAAAUAUUUGCAUAAUACUCAUGCAAAAACACAUUCAACUUACACUGUUGAUAUCGUUCAAAUAUUUCGCACAUCUAAAGAGGGUGAAGUUGAACGCUUCAGAAAGUUUUCUAGUACGAAAAAUAGAAUGCUUUUAUGGCAUGGUUCUCGUCUUACAAAUUGGGCUGGUAUAUUAUCUCAAGGCUUGCGCAUAGCUCCACCUGAAGCCCCAGUGACUGGUUACAUGUUCGGGAAAGGAGUUUACUUCGCAGACAUGUUCUCCAAAAGCGCAAAUUAUUGCUAUGCAUCUAAUGGCUGUACAUCUGGGGUGCUGCUUCUAUGUGAGGUUGCGCUGGGUGACAUGGCUGAGCUUUUAACUGCUAAGUACGAUGCUGACAAGUUACCCGUAGGAAAACUAAGCACUAAAGGAGUUGGGGGAACUGAACCAGAUUUUUCAGAAGCUCAGUUACUAGAUGAUGGUGUCGUGGUUCCCCUAGGAAAGCCGAAAGAGAAUACAAGCCGCCCGAAGGGUUCAUUACUGUACAAUGAGUACAUAGUUUACAAUGUGGAACAGAUCAGGAUGCGCUACGUUGUUCAAGUUAAUUUCAAUUUCAAGAUAUGAUUAGCAUCUGGAUGUAUAGAACUAGAUAUAACGGUGUUCAUUUUGCCAUUAUUUAUUUAUCAUUGUUUUUCGACUUGUC